UUGUUUAUGUGCGUUGAGUUAUCCGUCGUUCUCCAACAUGUGAAAGAUGAUGAUUUACUUUACUAAAUAAUUAUUGGAUUAGUCAUUUUUUGGACUUAAUUUUCCAAAAACAUUUAAGAAUUAUGUCAUCGGAGGCCGUGGUUAAAACAGUAGCCAAAAAAUUGAAAUAUUAUUUUGAUGUGAAGAGAUUAGAAGAUGGAUUUGACUUGUCAGGUGUAAAUUGUCCCCAAUUAGACCACCCUCCACUGAAAUCAAGGCCGACCCUCCAGUACGAUGGACUACAUGACCGUGCCCUCAAGCACUACUUCAGCCUUCCAGAGGUCAGGGUCAAACUCACACAGAUGGACAUGGAGGAUAGAGACCCUCGACAGAAGAUCGUCAAAAAGAAACUUAAACGUCACAUGAUCAAGCAUCACUUUCUGCUAACUAGAGACCCUGAUGUGGAACCACUGUCUGCAAUUUACGGACCUCCGAAAUCCGCUGGGCCACGGACUCGGACUUCCACUCUGCCAGAAUAUGCUUACAUAGAAACCAGGGAGGGGAGGCGACUCAGGAGGGACAUGACGGGAUUCGGACUUCUGAUGCAGUCACAACGUCCCAAAUCACUAAAAGGAGGCUGGCCUCUUUUGAGGAGUGUUCCCAGUCACAAUGUCCCCAAGUCUGAGGCUAAACGUCUGGUGGAUGCAGCAGCCAAAGUUCUUAUUGCCACUGAGACUUCAGAGGAAGAGAGACAGAAAGCGAAGGAUCCCCAAAGACCCCAGAGUGCCCCUAAACCUUUUGAAGACAUUUGUAGUGAAAUUCCAACUGUUUAUGUAAAAAAAUGGAGUGUGAUUAAUCCAAUAGACAACCGCACCACUCCUGUGAAAAAAGUUGACCAUUUAAAGUACACCUGGGAUAUCCAUGGUCGACGUCAUCGGAAUGUCAGGUCCAGCUAUGAUAAUCCUUACAUGAGUGAAACAUCAGACUUCAGGUCAGAGUCCCCAGUCCAAUCCCCAGCUCCACCACCUGAAUCCCCUGAACCGGAACCAAAGAAAGUUCGUCCACGGUCAGCUAAGCGUAGACAUCAACAGAAGACAGUGAUAGAGAUGGAUGAUUCCCGACCUCGAGAGGAGGUAUCUGUUGAUAACGGAACACAGACAAUGGAGAACGGGAACCAGACAGACCACCAGCUAUUACAGCAGUACAAUUACCUGGACCAAGAAGUGACCUCAGGGGAGAGAGGAGAAUAUCAGAUUUAUGUCAGGACUGGCAACAGAAUUGGAGCGAGUACAAAGGCCGAGGUCAAGAUCACAUUGUACGGAGAAAAGGGUAGAACCAAGGAAAUAGUACUGGAAAAAUCAAAGCGCCAUAAAGUUUGCUUCCAGAAGGGAAAGGAGGAUUUAUUCAUUGUUGCUCAACAUCAUGUUGGAAAGUUGCUGAAAGUUAAAGUUGGACAUGACAGAGCAGAUGCAAGUAAUGCGUGGUUUUUGGAGUCUGUGACAGUUUUCGACAUGCUCAGUAAGAAGAUUUAUGAGUUUGUGUGUGACCGCUGGUUGUCAGGUGUGGACGGAGAUCGGAAAACAUACAGAGAACUCAUCGUGGAUCGUGAUCGUGCAUUUAUACAAGCUCUACAAGAGGAGAGUGACACAGACAAGAAAAGUGAUCGUUCGUACAAGAAGCGAUCAAAGUCGCCCUCUCAGACCAGUCUCCAUGACGACCCUCUAAGUGUGAGGUCCAAUCAAGGGAGCUACACAGACACAAAGUCAGACAGGAAGUCCAAGUCUCGCUCCUCCAGACGUCGGGAUGAUUCGGAGUCGGACAGCGAGUCUGUGAGCAGCUACAGCAGCAGUUCCUCCUCGUCAUCAACGGAGACGUACACCACCACUGCCACCACCACCGGCACCACCACUACCACCACCACUGCCAUGAAGGACGAGUUCUACGAUGAUCCUAAAGGACCGACCUUCACCCUGAGGUCAAUCAAGGAGAAAGGACAGAAGGAGACCGUGUCUGUUGAGUCCUCCUCCGAGGGCAGGAAAUCUGAGAAUGGAAAGGAAUUUGUAGAGGGAUAUGAGAGUGGACUGAAGGCAGUGGAGGCCGAGAGAAGAAGACAACGUGAAGAAGAGAAUGAAGAGAGAAGGAGGCUCCUGAGGGGAGCAACAAUACAUGAGGCCGCAGAGAGGGGAAAUCUAAAACGUAUACAGGAGCUUCUCAACUACUUCCCAGAAAUGAAAGAUCACACAAAUGAGCAGGGCCUAACCCCACUGCAUCUAGCAGCCAAGUUUGGCCGAGUGGAAAUUUUGAAAUGGCUUGCUAUUAAUGAAGUGAACAUGAAUAGAGAAACCCCACAAGGGUACUCACCGAUACAUCUGGCGGCCAUGAAUGGACAUGUCAACUGUUUAAUGAUUCUUCACGCUAUGGGUGCUGUAAUAACCUGCCGAACUUUAGACAAGCAAACUCCUCUGCAUCUAGCUGCAAUGAAUGGACAUGUGGAAUGCGUGAAAUGGCUUGUAGCCAACAGGAGCAGUAUGUCUGUUAAAGACGACGUGGGACGCACGCCGAGAGAGAUCGGGGAGGAGUUCCACCAUGACGAUGUUGUCCGGUUCCUGAAGGCUUGUGAAGAUGAACUGGAGAAUCCCUCCAGUGGAUUCGCUCAGCUCAGAAGUCGAGGACAAGGACUUCCUACAAUAGAAGAGGACUCAAACAGUGAUGAGAAACCAGUCUGGCAAGAUGAUAAUCAAGAUGAAGAUAAUGAAGAUUCUCGCUCUAGUCAAAAAGAAAAAGAGGAGAAAAAACAUUUGUUUGAGGAAACCCACAAAAAGAUGGAGCAAAGUGGCGACUCAUUUUUAGAGAGCAUACAGCGUGAGUUUGAGAGUGAACCGAGGCCAUAAGCCUACCUAGUGAUGGACGUUGUAGACUUAGACGGCAUUUCCUGUGAUAUUGUAGGCUUCUGAUGCAAGCACUGUUUGUAACUGAGUGAGAAAUCACAACUUUGACUGCUAGAAUUCCAAGUAAUUUAAACAGCAAUAUGAUGCAAGCAAUUUCCUUUUGAAUCACUUGCAAUUUCGUUAUUUUGUAUAUUUAAUGCAAGGUUCCAGGGAUUUUGAAGAAAUGGAGUAUAAAUAAAGUCUAAUAAGGGAUCUGUACUUAAUUUUUAAGAAAGUAGCAAAUCAGCUGUUAUAAGUCACUGUUGCUUUGUUUCUUUUGUGCAGUAUUGCUGACAAAUGACUGCAUUUCUUGCUGUUUGUCAUAUUUUCAUUGGAAACUGAAGUGAUUACAACUUAACACUGUUGAUUUAAUAGAUAUCUUUAAAGAUGUUAUAUCCGUCCAUUGCUGAUUUUUUUAUACCAGUGUUUCAAACUAAUUCUAUAUUAGUAUAAAAGAAAUUUCAUAGACUUUAUAUUCUAUUUUGUAUAAUAUCUAUUGAAGUAAAAUAUCCAAUAUAUGAUUUUAUGUUAACAACAUGUACAAGCAUGUUGUCAACACAAAACCAUGUACAUGUACCAGUAAUGUGUCGUUUUAAUUUGAAUUUGUCUUCAUAGCAGGGACCUAUUGUGAAUGUCUAGAUCUAUUUGUUAUAAAUCUAUGUUAAUUUAGCAAAAUAUGACUGUUGAUAUAAUGUUUUAAUUAUUAUAUACCGUUUUACACUCAGAUUGUACCACCAAUUUUUCUAAUCAUAGCCAGUAUUUUAAUUGAAUCAUUUUACAAUUAAAUUAUUUUAGAAUUUUUAAAAUAUUUUUAUAUAAUCCAGAAUUUCCAUUGUAGUGUACUGAAUUUAAGAGCAGUACUGAGCUUCAUUCAAUGUUGGGGUAAUUUUUUGUUUGUUUUUAUGUAGAUGCCAUUGUGAUAUUGAUAACUGUUGAGGACUUGUAUCUUUAUGUCUUAGGAAGUUUUUGGAUGACUAGGUUAUUUAAAGGAUGCUUUAUUAAAAUAUUUUACACAG